AUGCCUGAAUCAGAGCUAGAAGCAAGACCAUUCAAUGACGAUGAUCAAGAUGUCAACAUUAAUGGCAAUGCUCAUAGCAAUGCUGAUGUCCGAAGCAAUGAAGCUCAACAUGAGACUCUAGACAUUGGACAAAGAGACCGUUUUUCGGCCGAAAAACCGUCUCAUAAAGAAGCAGCAAUUCCUCUAUUGGACAGCGACGGUUCUUCUGCAAAAGACACCGUUCAGCCAAUCAGGAAUCAGGAAAAGCCUGACCAGUCAUUCAGAGGUCAGGGGGUGUACAAUACACCCGAAAGGGAAAGACGGGAUGAAACAGACAUCAUCCUAGGCGCAUUUCCCCAGGAAGUCCCGCUUCCACCUACUCCGCCAAGUGAGUAUCCUGAGUCUCGUCAGGGGGUGGAAACGCUAGAUGAAACGCGUGGCACGCAAGAUCUAGCAAGGGACCAGGCUCAUGAUACGCAAGAAGUCGUAUAG